AUGGCUUCAGCAUCGUCUUCCGCACUCAAUCAAGCAUCUUCUCGACCUCCUCCUGUCUCUCUAGUUGUUUCUGAUCGCGAGCUUGUCGACGAUGGGAUGUCUGUUGUGUCAUCGUGUGUCCUGCGCAAGUGUUUUGGGUUUUCAGAGGUCUCCCGCGAGCGUGUCUCCUUGCGUAAUCAAUAUCCUGCAGGUUCCUUGCUGCCUGUGGUCGCUCCCAAUUUGCGGUUGAUUGUUGAGCAUUUUCCGACAUUCAAUCGAGAGCAAUACGCUGAGAUCGCCCGUGCACAUUCUAUAUAUGUGUCCUCUGCUGAUCGAAAGGAUCAUGUUCGUGAUCUCCUACGUGUACAUGAUGGACAUGUCACGGAUGAUCCGCACUUUCCAACGGUAUUGUCGUUCGAUGACAAGUCGGAUAUUAUCCGCGAGUGGCAACAGAAGAUGAGUCCCGAAUCAUUAAAACGUGAAUUGCGGUCUGUAGAAGCAGCGAAGAUACCGUUACAUCUGUUGCGGAACGAUUGUCUGCCAGAGCAUACGCUGCCUUGCACAUAUGAUCUCGAGUUAUAUGGCCGUGCAAUUUUAUAUGCCAAGGGUUUGACGAGUUGCUGGUCCCUAUCAGAAAUGUAUAUGUGUUCUUCAUGCCAUUCGGCGCUCAUUUCUAAGUGUCCUCGUCAGCCAGUGAAUUCUCUCGCUAAUUUUCAAUACUACGGGCAUGAAAGGUUAUCUCCAGAGAUUCGCGAGGCUUUCUCUUCGGCUUCUAUUUAUGAUUUGAUGUUGAUUACUCACUUCUAUACAUAUAAAUCUUCUUUGACUCAAUUUUGGUCAGCUGAGGAAGCUUCGCAACGAUAUAACAAGGGAAAUGUCGCUAUCCGUCCGCAAAGUUCGACGGAAUUGUAUAACUUGUUACCACCAAACCGUGGUGAGUUACGGGAUGCUAUGUGCGUAAUUUUUUCGGAGACCGUUAAAAAAUUGAAGCCUGUGUUACUCAUUGAUUUCUUGAUUACACACAAUCCAUGGUAUCAGCAUAAUAAUAUGGAUGCUUUGUUUGAUGAGGCUGAUUUCGAUGCAGAUACAGGUGUGCCGCAUGCUUUAGCGAUUUGCCAUUUGCCGACAGAGGAUCAGGCUUCCCCAGAUGCAGGUUUCAAUUCACGCGAUACUCACGAUACUCAUGGAAGUGACGGUGGUGAUCUCGUCAUGGAACCUGUUGGCCGAGAAAAAAUGAAAUUACAUGCACUCGCAUAUGUUUUAGACCGCAAGAAAUUCUUGUUGUCACGGACAGGUAGUAAAUUCGUAGCUGACAGUGAUCCUGGUCUCAUGUCCUAUUUGUUUCCCCAUCUCGACCCUUGGGAUAUCGGGGGAUUUUUUCAUUCUGGGCGAACAAAGCAGCAACACCUUUCAAUGCAAGCGCAAGUGAGAAAUUUGCUUCGUCAAGAUGAUUCACCUUUUAGAAAUGAUCCUCAGUUUGCCUUCAUAUGUUGGAAUAUGAUCCAGAAACGAGAAGUCAGCAGGAAUACAACUUUUCGCAUCGGUUUAUCUGCGCAACGAGGAUUAGCUAAGGAACUGACAGAUAUCGCGCCAUCCUUGACAUCUUUAGCUGAUAAGUGGAGUCACUCUGUGGAUCAGAAACCAUCGACGACUGCAGAAAAGAAAGCUGUCCGCAUCCUGCGUCGUUUGCAAGCUUCAACAAGGUCGAUUCGUUCUUUGAUGAAAAAAUUUAGCACACCUGCGUUAUUUGUGACGCUGAAUCCUCAUGACUUGACUAGCAUCGAGUUGGCAGAUUGGUCAAUGAUGUCCUCCUUUGAGCGCGCCAAAAUUGUUGCAAGUCGUCCUGAUGCAGCUGCCAUUGCGUUUGAUCUUCAGAUUCGUGCCUUUAUUGAUAUUAUCCUGAAGUAUAAGCAUGGACCUGCAUAUUAUGGAAUGGUGGAAGCGCAAGGGUGGGGCACCUUACACUGUAAUCCGAGCCCACAAGCUUUGCGAGAGCGUAUGGCAAAUGAAGAAGGAUUUCAAGGCAAGAUCUGCGAACUGCCAAAUGAUACUACGUGCGUAUUUGAGACGAGUUCAGAUGAGAUGGAUCCUCGGCUAGAGUUGCCUCCACAAAUUGCGGACUUAGACGAUCAAUCUUUUGCAUACAAAUUUCAAGCAUUUUUGACUCGCUUGGCGAUAGAAUGUAAUUGGCAUCACAUAAGAGCCGGUGAAAAGCGUGGAGACCACAAUUGUCGGAUGCGCCUUGAUGGAUCACUGCAGGCUGUUACCAGCAUCGAUGUUGAAUCUGGUUCGAUUGAGGUGAACAAUUAUACAGACCUGAUAUUGUUCCUCUUGCAAAGUAAUACAGACACUGCCAAGGCGGCCGUCUUUUAUAUAACCGAGUAUAUCACGAAAGGUAAUCUUCCAAUGUACACAGGUCUCCAGGCCUUAGAGUAUGCCACCAAAAUGCAUGAACAAAAGUUUGAAGUCGAAGAGAACGUCGGUGCAGAAAGAAUUAAUCGUAGUCUGAUAACUAAAUCUGAAAUAUCCCAUCAACAAGUCAUGAGUUAUCUUACGGUGAAGUGGUAUGAACUUGACCAAGACAUGGAAUCUCUUCCGAUUGAUGAUGGACUAGUGUCGGAGGAUCAUCAGGAAAUCAACUCGGAAUUGAUAUGA